AUGUUCUCAUUCGUAUUGUUUGUGAUCGUCAGUACAUACGUUCUACAGUACCAGUUCUCGACUGCCGCUGGAAAUAAUAAAGAUUGUUUAAUCCUUACACCAUACAUCAAAGCUGGCAAUGCCAGCCAUGCUAGGCAUUUAUCAGAAGUCGAUAGCGGAAACUUCCUCGGUGUCAACAGUCAUUCAGGCUUCCUGACCGUUAAAGAAGAAUACAAUUCGAAUCUGUUCUUUUGGUAUUUUCCACAUGAAAACCAAGCGGAGGUGCCUUGGAUAAUCUGGUUGCAAGGGGGUCCUGGCAUUUCGUCACUUUUUGGAUUAUUCGAACUGAUAGGACCUCUAAAAAUAGAUGAUGGGAAAGUAAAACAUCGGAACUUGACAUGGGCCAGCGACUACUCACUCUUGUUUGUGGAUAGCCCCGUCGGUGCUGGUUUCAGCUUCACAGAUGACGAUAAUGGGUACACUGACAACGAAGAUGAUGUUGGUGCACAACUUUAUGAACUCGUUAUCCAGCUCUUGCAAAUGUUCCCGGAGCUGGAGCAAGCUCCUCUAUUCAUAGCUGGGGAGUCGUACGCCGGGAAGUACGUGCCGGCUUUGGCCAUUCAGAUUCACCGUAACCAAGAUCAGAACGACAGCCACCCCGUAAAUCUAAGAGGUAUAGCCAUCGGUAAUGGUAUUAUAGACCCCCGCAGUAUGAUGCACUAUACAGAGCUUCUCAGCGUCCUUGGGCUACUAGCAGGAAAAGAGUUGGAUAAACUAAAAGAGAUUGAAGAUGCUGCGGUCGCAUUGCUCGAUGAGGGAAAAAUGGUCGAUGCAGCAAAUAAAUUCAACGAAACCAUAGAGUAUAUAAAGAAGCAGAGUGGCAUCAGCAUCUACAACUUCAACAAAGACUCAGGGGGCAGCGUCAAUUCGGACUUGGAGUUGUUCGUGACAAAGCCCGAAGUCCGUAGCUGGAUCCAUGUAGGGAGCGUGCCAUUCGACCUUAACAAUCAAUAUGUUUACACGAAGAUGCUUCCCGAUUUUAUGAACAGUACGAAGCCGUUUAUCGAAGAGCUAUUGGAGCAUUACGGGGUCAUGUGUUACAGCGGUCAAUUGGAUCUUUUACUUCCAUACGGCGUGACGAAGCACACACAUGACCAAUUCAAUUGGUCUCGUCGCAGCGAGUUCGAUAAAGCGCCAAGGAAGCGCCUGCGUAGCUCUAACAAAGGUGGCAUUGUUGGUUAUAAAAGAAGCGGUGGCAACUUUGUAGAAGUGUUGAUACGUCACGCCGGCCACAUGGUGCCCAUAGAAGUGCCGGAAGUAGCCAAGUUCAUUGUUGACUCAUUCAUAAUGGAAUACAAAUAA